GCUGACAAAUCACGCGUCAAUCACAAUGCAAGUGGAGGUGGCCCUGCCCCCAGAGUGGCGAGCUACGCCCCUGCUCGUCAGCUGCAGUGUUCUGAGGGAUGAAAGCGCUCUCACAAAGAAGCGGAGGAAGACCUCCGAAGCCACGCCCUCCGGACCCCGCUCCUCCAGCCUUCCCCUUCCUUUACGUUAAGAAAAGCGAGAGAGAGGGCAGCAGCAAGCAAGACACGCAGGACAGGAAAACAAAAAAAGCAAGACAAGACGACCGGGAGGGAGCCAGUCCAGCGACCAUGGCAAUAUCCACCGCGUCUCCGCUCCCGAUCGUGUCCGAGCACCGCGCACCUCCACCCGGGUCGAGCACGGCACGGAGCCCGCGGGCGCACGACGACACGCAGCUGGGUCCGGAUGAAUGAGGAGCCAGCUGGGGGGCAAACAUGAGGGUCAUCUUCAUCCAGAACGCCGGUUUCGUCGCAGCUUUCUCGCCUGGUAGAUGUCGGCAGCGUUUCGGAGCACAGAUGAUGCGAGCGAGCCCCAAAUUAGGCACAAACAGACAUUACUAGUCGAUCGAGGAGUAGCUCGCUACUAUAUAUUUAUUAUUAGAGGUGAAGUGUAGACUGUCAUCUUGAAAUGAUAUUAUUAUACACUAUUGACACGAUAUGUAUGUCGUUAUUAUAAGCAAACCAUGUGUAGACUUUUUUAUGCUUAGUGGACAAAAUAGCCUCAUUAACAAGACAAUCUGGAAAUGUUUCCAUGUUGACAAAUAUGACAAGUAGCUUGCGCGUUAUUCAUUGUAAUUUAUUUAUUUAUUACUAUUAUUAGGCCUAUAAGUAUUACUGUAUAUUAAUUAUCUUAUUGCUAGCUUAUUUACAAAGAAGUUAAAGUGAGAUGGCUUACUUGGCGCCCCGCCGUGGGGCAAGCCGCCCCGAGGCCCCCAGGGGCCAGAGCUGCGAGCCCCGUCAUGCGCACGUGCUUGCCGGAGGCUCCCCCGAGGAGAGCCAGAGGAACCCCGGCGUGAAAAAACACCACCACAAGCACAACCUGAAGCACCGCUACGAGCUGCUGGAGACGCUGGGGAAGGGGACGUACGGCAAAGUCAAGAAGGCCAUUGAACGCCACUCCGGCAGAGAGGUGGCCAUCAAGUCGAUUCGGAAGGAGAAGAUCAGGGACGAGCAGGACAUGGUUCACAUCCGCCGAGAAAUCGAGAUCAUGUCGUCGCUCCGCCACCCGCACAUCAUCUCUAUAUACGAAGUGUUCGAGAACAAGGACAAGAUCGUCAUCGUCAUGGAGUACGCCAGCAAGGGCGAACUGUACGACUACAUCAGCGAGCGGCGGCGCCUGAGCGAGCGAGAGACACGACACUUCUUUAGGCAGAUCGUUUCUGCUGUGCACCAUUGCCAUAAGAAUGGAGUGGUCCACAGGGAUCUGAAACUGGAAAAUGUGCUACUGGAUGAAAACUGUAAUAUUAAGAUUGCUGACUUCGGCCUGUCCAACUUGUACCACAAAGACAAGCUUCUGCAAACCUUCUGCGGCAGCCCGCUAUACGCCUCACCAGAGAUCGUCAACGGGAGGCCGUACCGUGGGCCAGAGGUGGACAGUUGGGCUCUGGGGGUGCUGCUGUACACACUGGUGUACGGAACCAUGCCGUUCGACGGCGGCGACCAUAAGAACCUCAUUCGGCAGAUUAGCAACGGCGAAUACAAGGAGCCCACACAGUCCUCAGACGCGCGGGGACUGAUCCGCUGGAUGCUAAUGGUGAACCCGGAGCGCCGCGCCACUGUUGAAGACAUCGCCAACCACUGGUGGGUGAACUGGGGCUGGAAGAACAGCGUGUGCGACUGUGACGCCCAGCACGACCACGGCGGCUCGCCCAUGCUGGCCCGCUUUAUCGACUGGCAGAACCGCACUGAGCCACGCGGUCCCACCGCCAAACCUGCCGCCUUGCCCCAGCUGCUGCUGCGCCAGAGGCCCAAGAAGUCCAAGAAGGAAAACGUGGAGGAAGGUCAGGCGCACGGCGGGGGCGAGGACAAACCGGGUCUGAAGAGACCAAAGAGUAUCUUGAAGACCAGAGUGGCAGAGGAGCAACACUCGGCCAGGAUGGAGGAGGCGUCAACGAGCCAGACGGCGGCGGCGGCGGAACGAGCUGAAGGUGGAGGGCACGUCUCCAGUCCCGAUCGAGACGGAGAAGAGCCCGCCUUUGGGGGAGGCUCGCCUGCAAAGAUGGUGCCCACCCUGCCCAAAAAAGGCAUUUUGAAGAACAACCAACAGCGGGAAUCAGGGUAUUACUCCUCCCCCGAGCGGAGCGAGUCUUCAGAGCUGCUGGGCGGAGCCAGCAUGACCGUGCUCGCCACCUCGCCGCCCAAGAGAGCCAUGGGAAGAAAGGGCAUCCUGAAGCGCAACGGCAAGUACUCCACCUACAGCGGACCCCCCUCCGCCGCCGCCGUGGCCGCCGCCGGAGGUCUGGGUGAGCCCCCUGCGCCGGCCGACUCGGGCCUCUCGCGCAGUCAAAGCCGCCCCUCCAGCAUGGUGGGGGAGGACAUGUCGCCCGGCAACAAGUGCGCCGAGUGGCAUCCCUCUACGCCGCACCGCCGCCCUAACAUCCGGGCGUGCGUGUCUGCCGAGAACCUGCUGCACCUGGCCAACUUCAAAGGCUUCCAGGCCGCGCCCACCAUCCUCCAGGCGCCCAAGUUCGGACGUGGCCCCAAAACAAAAGGCUCGCCUGGGGACAAUUGCAGCUUCUCAUUGCUGGGGGACCUGGAGGACAUGACUCAGGUGUACCAGCAAGCCCUGGACAUUAGCAGCAACCUCACUUAGCACACGGGCGCAGAGGCAGGAAGCGUGUGUGUGUGUGUGUGUGUGUGUGUGUGUGUGUGUGUGUGUGUUUAGGCAUUAACGACCAGUGUGUUACUGGGAUACACCUUUUGGGAAGUUGAGGUUUUCCAAAUAGGGCUGACAUCUUGAUGGGAAUGAUAUGUUUACCCACCACUCACACACACACACACACACACACACACACACACACACACACACACACACACACACACACACACACACACACACACACACACACACACACACACACACACACACACACACACACACACAGGUGUACACACUCAAGUCCACUUCUCAGGCCAGUGGAAACUUGGUCAGGGCUUUUUGUGAACAGGAUGGAGAGGGGAGUUGGCAGCAACACAAGCCACCCAAGUGUGUGUGUGUGUGUGUGAGUGUGUGUGUGUUCCCCUUUGUCACUCCCCUGCGUUCCCACAUGUUUACAUAUCCAACCAGAAGCGUAGAUUCCCACCCAUUCAGAGUUUACAAAAGCACCUUUGAUUAAUACACACAGAGCACACGCUUUUGUGAUCUUUUUAUUUUGGAAAGAAAAACCAACCAACCAGGGUCGUAUUCUAAAAGUUGAUCAUUAUUUAUUAUUAUUUGCCUCGCUUUGUUUUGUUUUGAUUUGUGGGCAGAACUUGAUGUUGGGUGUUGGCUGUUACCGGAGUCCAUAUAGUAAUGAAUAUCAUUAUUGAUGCUAUAUAAUUAGCAGAUAUAUCCAACUAUGUUGGCAAGUAUUUUGCCCUACAGUACUACAUAGUUGCAGUUAUUCAUAAUAUAGUACUAUUGCGUUAUUUUUCCAGCAAUAUAAAAAAUUGUGUGCUACCACACGUACGUUACACCAUCUGUGAUACGGAGAACACUGCAUUUUUCCGACGAGACCAAUACACGGUGAUUGUGCGAUAUUUGGAAGAAGACACUAUCAUUUCACAGCACAGUUAUUGUACGAUACAUGGCGAUCAUCUGCGAUACUAAAUAAUCACACAGCACGUGCAACACAAAGUGAUAUCUUUAUAACCUAGAAAGAGUAUGUUUUCGUAAAGCCUGUAAACCACCUCAGAAAGGGACUCUUUCUAAUAACAUCGAUUGUAGGACGUAUCGGAAGAAAAACAACGUACAAAACAUCACGAUAUUUGUAUUUAAUCCGACAAUACCGAUAUCAAAAUAUAGCAAUGGGCGAAAGGGUAUUUUUUUUUCCAACAAUACCGAUAUUAUAUGGAUUACGUAACAAACAUCGCUAUAUCAACGCAACCGAUUAUCAUUAUACAUCGAUAGUAUGAUACAGUUGAAGAAAGCUUUUUUACGAUGUAUUACUGAAAAAGGACCAGCAACACCCACAUCACAAUUCAGCCAUUGCAGAAUAUACCGUAAUCGUAAUACCCAACAAUACCAACACAGUAACGGUGUCAUAUUUUUGGAAGAAUGACACGUGUCUUAUGUUAAGGAGAACGAAAAAUCGAAGGAAACUGUACGAUACAUCACAAUGUCCAUAAUGCUGAUAUCACGAUACAGCUAUUGUGUGAUAUAUCGGAAGAACACAACUCACAGGAGAGUCACAACAAGUCAAAAAUGACCAUUACAUCGACUACUUGUAUCGAUACUGUACACAAUGUUUGGUCCCACCCCUACUUUAUACGUAGGAAUUGCCUUUUUUUCGUAAUUGUGCGUCAAUACCCGCCGAGCCAAACCAAAUGGUGAGGUUUUUUUUUUUAAGGGGCUUCAAAGGUCAGCACAUUGUAGCGGUGCUUGAAUGACUGCCCCCUGCUGGUGCGGAGUUGUCGGACAUGUCAUGUUUGACGAGAGAGCUCAGCUUACAGCUUUGACACGGUCGGCGCUCCACCCGUGUACACUCGGCCGCCGCGUCGGGCGAGCACAAUCAGCCAGCUGUUGUUUGAGAGGAAGUGGAUUUAAAUGGAAGAGGGAGAGGCGGAGGUUGAGAGAUGGAAAUGUAAAAGGAAGUGAGAAGAAAUAAGGGCUGUUCAACUGGCAAGGAGCCAAAUCCUGCAUGUUAAAUGUCAUCAAACUGGCGCUCUCGGCAGUAAGUUCCUACAAACUGUAGUCAUAACGGCCCCGUUUACACUGCACACCAAAUUGGAUUAUUUUUUACCUUCAAGGGACACAGAUCUGAUUUUUUUUUUUUUAAAUCUUUUAAUCAGAUUCAGGCCACAACAGGAGGUAGUCUUGAAUCCCAUUGGAAUCUGAUCUUUUCAAAUGUGACUUCAGUCUAAACGCAAUGUGACCCGAAUGUGAUUUUUUUUCGUCGUCUUUGGGCGAGCUACGUUACUCGUGUGCGCCGGAAAGACAGUGUCGCCAGUGGAAAUGGAUAUUUCAUCAUCCGGUUUCAGUUUUUAUUUAAGACGACCAAAUUUUCAGUGCAUCACUUGUAAAUAGCGCACAAAUAAAUCUAUAUGUAAUAUACGAAUAUAUGUUUUGAUUCAGAAGAAAUAGCAAUUGUUGAAAGACCGGAAUUGACGCUGUGACACAUUUGUUUACAUGU